AUGGAGAGCCCGGAGAUUGUGGCGGAAUUCGUCGCUAUCACGGCCCAGCCGGAACGCGUCGCGCGGCAAUACCUUGAGGCGCAUAAUUGGGAUCUGCAGUUGGCAGUGAAUUUCUUUCUGGAGCAUGGAGGGGAUGAGGGUGGAGGCCUUGGGAACGGAAUCACCGAUGCCAUCGAUCUUACCAGUGAGCCUCCUCCUGCUGCCGCCACCACACGCCCUCGCACCUUCCACGAGCAGCCCCUGGGAGGAGAGCACAUAGGAGGGGCACCAGGAAUCGCAGGGAUAGCAGGGAUGCAGCAGCAGCAGCAGGAGCAGGCGCAGGAGGAGGAGUAUGAGAACCUGAACCCUGUGCGCCCUUUCAUGACAGGCACUGCUUUUGAUCGCCUCAUGCGCACCUCUCGUGCCCCUGUGACCGCUCGCGCUCCCUCCUCCGGACCUAUUAUCUCCGAGCCUCGGGAGGUUCGGGAGAUCCCGAUCCAGUGGGACGACGCUGCCAGUAACGGUAACGGCAGUGCUGGCGGCAGGGGGUACACGAGUGGAGGCGGCCAGAGGGGUUUAGGAGGGGGUCAGGGUUUUGGGGAGGGUAGGGGGGUUGGUUUUGAUGAGGCUUUUGACAGAGGGUAUGGGAGGAGAGCUGGGUCUGGACCGUUUGGGUUUGCUUCUCAGCAGCAGCAGGAGCUGCAGCAAUGGAAUCAGAGUGGUGGAGUGCGUAUUGAAGAGGUGGAGGAUGGUGAUGAUGGUGCUGGUGGUGGUGCCGGUGCGGGGCGGGCAUUCGUUCAGGAGCCGGGAGUAAACGAGGCAGUAGGAGCAGGAGGGGGAGCAGGGAUGGGAGGAGCAGCAGGGGGAGGGUUUGCUGGAGAGGCAGAGGAAGCAGGACACGGAAGCAUGGCCCCUGCGUCAGCAGCAGCACCCAUGGAUGUUGAUCAGGACGAGGAUGACGAUGUCAUGCGGGCUAUCGCACUUUCCAUCAAGACGGCCGAGGAAGAAGCAGCGUUGAGAGGGCAGGCCCCCACCGCUUUGCUCCAGCCCCCGUUUGCUGAAACGGGGUUUCCUGAAACCGCACCAGUACCACUGGCACCGCCACCAACAACAGACGAGGAGUAUUUCAAGUCGCUGAUAGCCGACCAGGAGAAGGAGGAGAGGAGUGUGGUUUUAAAGUGUAUUGAUACUUUCCCUUUAUUGAGACAUCCCCUUUCGUACCCCCCCACGUGCUCUGCCUCCCCUGCCUCAUUCUGUGAUCAGGACGAGGAGUAUUUCAAGUCGCUGAUAGCCGACCAGGAGAAGGAGGAGGCAGCGCGGAGGAAGGAGGAGGAGGAGCGGCAGAGGCGGCAGCAGGAGGAGCAGGAGCGGCAGGACGAGCUGAGGCGGCAGAGGGAGCAGGAGGAGGAGGCGCAGCGGCAGCUGGCAGCAAAAGAGGCGGCACUGCCUGUGGAGCCAGCAGCAGGGGAGGAGGGCGCAAUCACUCUCAUGCUGCGCCUGCCAGACGGCUCCCGCCUUAGCCGCCGAUUCCUCAUCUCGAAUACGCUAGAGGCGCUCUUUGACUAUGUGGAUGUGAGCAGGCGAGUCAAGCCCAACACUUACACCAUCGCACGGCAGUAUCCACGCCGUGUGUUUGAGCCAGCAGAGGCACACGCAACCCUGGCAGAUCUGGGCAUCACAAGCAAGCAGGAAGCACUCUACAUCCAGCAGCUUUAG